UGGGGGGUUGAUGCCAUUCAGGAGGUCCCUUGGCCGGCUCCCCUUGGAAUGCACUCGGCAUGCCGUCACAUCUCGGCUACGACAGCGAGGCAGCCUCGCGCGAAAUGGGCGUGUUUUGACUCUUGCAGGCAGAAAGCCCAUGAUGCCGCGGCUGCUUGGCCUCAUCUCAGUGGCCGCCCGGAACAGCACUCGUCCCGACAGGUACAACCUGGUGGCCCUGAGUGCCCGGGCUCCUUUUGGCGGACACAUGGCGGGCUGCUGCUCGCUGCGCUCGCUCUCUCGGCUUGGCGAGGCUUCCGGCAUCGAAGCCUUCUGUAUGCCGCCGAAAGAGCCAGCUAGGUCCAGGUGAAACGAGUCUGCUUCGAGGAUAAAUCGGCGGAUGCGUGUGGUCACCACCAGAUCGGCCAAGCUUAGCCCAAGACGGCGUUGUGUCCGCGCCAGGCCCGAUGCGGCUAGCGCGUUGGGGCAGUGCUCUUGGGCUUCUGCGACUCCAACGCCCAGCACACCAGGCCUCUCCAGCGCGAGAUUCCUGGACCGGACGUGGAUUGCUCGCCUCAAUUCCUCGCGGCCGACCUUGAUUCCAUUCACACUCCCCCUAAUUGCCACUUCCACUCCUUGCUCUUUUUUGAAGACAUGUCGCUCUAGCCCAGCAUUCGCCCUCGACUAUGCGCAGCCCUCUACACUGCCACGCCGAGCACUUCCCUCCGCCGUCAUAGACUCGCACGCCCGCCCACACAUCAGCCCGUUGCGAGCCGGCAUUCAGCUGUCGACGAGUUCCAGCAGACCGCGACCACCCUUUUCGCCUUCCUCUACGUACCCGCGCGAAGCCGCCUUUGAGAGCUCCGGGGUGCUCUUUCUUCCGUGGUUCCUUCUCUAUCGGAAGCGACCAUAGUUUGCACAAGACAACUCAGCCUCGUCCACUCGCCUUCACCGUCUUCGUCCGCCCUUUAUUACUUCGAGUGCAUUCCCGCAUGCUAUACCGACCGUGACACACCGGCGA